AUGAUUGCUCUCAACGCCCUAGGCGUGUUGCUCGCCUAUCUCAUGAUCCUGACACCCCUGACUUUUGCCGAUCUUGUCAGCGAUACACCCACCACAGUUGCCAGCUCGGCGGCCACGAAAAUCGAGAUGACUGGAUCUCUGGUAACAAGAGAUACUGACAAAUCCUACCUCACUGUCAUUUCUGCCGCUCGCAAUCUCAAUAAUCCAACUCCCGGCACUCAGUACAUCUAUGAUGAGAGCGCGGGUGCAGGAACCACCAUCUUCGUUGUCGAUUCGGGCUUCAAUACUGCAAACUACGAAGACGAAUUUUGCACUGACCAUGGACGAUGGUUCGAGACGUAUGCCAUUCCACGAGAAAUUCGGAGCGAGAUGCUUAUUGACCGCGAGCGCGAGGUUGGCGUUCACUUUCCGCCAGACGACAUGGCUGAUAUCGGAGGUAUUGGUUCAGAUAACUUGAUUCAUGGACACGGCACCCAUGUGGCCAUCGCCGCGGCGGGCUGCGAGUCUGGUGUUGCUCCCCGGGCGAACCUAGUUCUGAUCAAAGCAACUGAGAUCAAAUUGAACCGUGAGGGCCAGGUAGACGCGAGUGGCCGAUCUUCAGUGUAUCCGCAGGCGCUCAUUGCUUCCCUCCAGUUUGUGAUCAAGAGGAUGCAAGACACUCGAGGCCAAGAAGUCUCUCUUGGAAAGGCUGUUGUUCUGCUUCCAUUCAGCUUAGUGAUUCGAAACAUGGGUGAUGACUGGGGAAGCGAUCAGCUCGAAUUGUUCGAGCGGGAUAUGAACUCCACAUUGAGCCAGCUCGACGCUCACGGCGUGUCUGUCGUCUUCCCUGGAGGCGAUUCUGGCCAUGGCCAAGGAAAGGAAGACUCGGGGCCCGAUGCGAAGAGCGAUGACUAUCCUUAUUACACAUCGGAACUCUUUCCACAAUCACUUUCUAUCUAUCAAGAUUUUGUAAUCUUGGUCGGAGGAACCGACGAGGAAGGCCGUCUACGGCCCCAGUCCUCACCAGAUGAUCCGUACCGCCCCAUCUCGAUCUACGCUCCGAGCAAGAUACUAGGAUACGACAUCGCUACCAACAAGACACGAUACCUUUACGGAACGAGUUUCGCUGCGGCUCAAGUAGCCGGCUUGGUCGCCUACUCCUUGGGACACCCGAAUAACACAGAAAUUUUCUCAUACAGCGUUCAUGACCCUCUGCACAACACAGUGGGUAGGCGUGCCAAGAAAUACGUUGCACAGCUUGCUUACCAGCGACUGCGUGAUGAGUAUAAACUUGCCUCCCCGCGACACGAUUACCUAUACCCUGUGAAUGACGAGAUUAACGUCGCAUACAAUGGGGCGCAUGCGGCAGAGCGGCUCGCCAUCGGCGAUAAUGCGUUCGGUGUCUCGGACGUGGCCGCCUGCAGAUGGGCUCAAUGCAACAAAUUUCUUUUUCUACCGAACCCUGUCGAUAUGGCUAAGCAAGAGACCUUCAUGACUGAGGACGCCGGUGUCGACUCCAAUCAAGAUGAGACAAGUAUCGUCAAGGAGAGAUACAGAGGCACUUCUGCCGACCAGAAUGACAUGGAUAUCCUGGGCGUCAAGCAAGUCCUCCGACGGAACUAUCGCUUGGUCCCAAUGCUCGGGUUCUCCUCCAUAGCGGUUAUCAGCUGGGAAAUUGCGCCGAUCUUCCUUGCGUACGCUCUGAUUGACGGAGGGACAGCAGCGAUCUUUUGGGGUUUGGUCGUCGGCGCCAUAGGCUUUUCUCUGAUCUACGCCAGUCUGGCGGAGGUAGCUAGCAUGUGUCCAACUUCCGGUGGACAGUAUCACUGGGUGUCCGAAUUGGCGCCGCGGAGUAUACAGAGAGGAUUAAGCUAUUCCGUCGGCUGGUUGAUUGUGAUAGCUUGGCAAGUCUACCUGGCUGGAUCUAGCCUGGUAGUUGGCAUGAUUAUUCAAGGCAUUAUCGCGCUCAACAACCCCGACUAUGUCUUUGAGAGGUGGCAUUGCACACUUCUCACCAUAGCCGCCAUAAGCUUCGCUGUGCUGAUGAACACGGUGCUGUCCAGUCAUCUGCCCGCCAUCCAGUACUUGCUGUUUGCUUUACACUUUGGCGGAAUAUUUGCCAUUGUGAUCCCUCUAUGGCUAACGGCCGACCGUGGAAACCCCUCAGAUGUUUUACUCACCUUCAGUGACAACGGUAACUGGGGAAAUGUGGGCCUUUCGUCCAUGAUAGGCAUGACUCUCUUUGCCGGCCUCCUCACUGGAUACGAUUGUAUCGCGCAUAUGUCCGAGGAGACCAUAGAUGCUUCUCGAAUUAUCCCGAUAGCCAUCACAUGGAGCGUAAUUUAUAAUGUGAUGACACUUUUCAUCAUCGGCACAGCUCUGAUAUUUUGUUUGGGCGAUGUCGAAAGCCUCUUAAACACGAGGACCGGGCAACCGUACAUUCAACUCUUCUACAACGCAACUCAAAGCUAUGCUGGUAGUAGUGUCAUGGCCGCGAUAUUGAUCACCUUGGUCGAAUGCUGCGUGAUCAACGAGGUCGCCACAUCUUCAAGGCAGCUCUGGUCCUUCGCCCGAGACCGCGGCCUGCCUGGCUCGACGUGGCUCUCACAUGUGACUCCAGGGUGGAACAUCCCAUUGCGGGCGGUCUGCCUUACCGUCGUUGUCACCGCGCUGCUAUCUCUGAUCAAUCUCGGAUCAACAGUCGCACUCAAUGCUAUUAACUCUCUGGGCGGCGCCGCAUUCCUCAUUUCAUAUGUGAUCACCCUUAUCUGUCUGAUCUGGAGGCGCCUCAGGGGCGCGCCGCUACCCCCGCGACGAUGGUCUCUCGGCAGAUAUGGUCUUGCCAUCAACCUGGCGGCAUUGGCAUUCCUGGCUCCGAUCCUCUUUUUCUAUUGCUGGCCAUUGGCACAACCAGUGACACCACUCAACCUCAACUGGAGCUCGGUUGCGCUUUGUUGUGUCUUGCUAGCUGCUCUUGUUCAUUACGUGGUGAAGGCAAGGCAUGAGUACGUCGGACCUAACACGAGCUAG